GGAGAGCACAGGCUACUGCUCCCUACUGACUCCUCCCUGCUCCUGUAACACACAGCGCGCGUCCAGAUGCAGUCGCAGAUCAGAGAAGACCUAGCAGGCUCCACAUACUCCCUCGCCGCACCGCCAGGGCAUGCACAGCAGCAGCAAUAUAAUUACCAAGGAGGCGGCCAACAGGCAUAUCAAGUCGUACACCACCCAUCCGCCCAAUCUGGCUAUGACGGCAGCAGCAGCGUGACAUCUAGUCUCCCGGGCGACAAGAAGAGACCCUCGGAGAACUUUCGUCACUUUUCAUCCAGAUUCUCAAAUACCAGCUAUAACCCAUCCUUCCGGACACACCAACAAACGGAAUCUUCCGUCGGUACGAUGAACCAAGGACCAGGACUCGAGGGUUUCAUGAUGGAAGACGAAACUAAGAUGCGUGGUGACCAAAAGCGAGGCAUGUUUCGUGGUACUGCUCAAAUGGACUGGCUAGACAAGUUGCGGCAACACCCUAAAUUUGCGCUCUAUGUCUUCCUCGGCCUCAAUGCUGCCAUGUUGCUCGUCAUCUUCAUCACAGGCAUGAUCUGGCUCGCUUUGGGUAUUGUAAAGAAUAAGAAGUUCUUGAGUGGCAUCCCGCCGCCCUCAAAUGCGCCCAUCAACAACCCUUAAGAUCAUGUUUAUACUCCUCGCUCACGACCUCGUUGUCCUUCUGUAUACACAACGUCUUGGCAUUGCUUUACACAUACACAUACAAAUCGUACAUGAUCAGAAACAUUGUGCUGUUACUUUUCGUAAUGACUUUUUAUACAGUCGUCUCUCCAUGCCGAGUAAAUGCCUGUAGUGUUACACAUGAGCAACGCGCGCCAAUAUAGCCUCGCGCUCUCCUUCUCUUGACCUCAUCCUCCAUCAAUACAUUUCCACAUGGAUGACAUCUUCUUCUGAGUCACAGUCGCGGUCAAAUCGCCAUCGUGACAAUGACCGUUCUCGCGCCGCAUCCUCCAUCUCCGCAUC